AUGUUGCCCCACCAGCCUGGGUUACAGCUGCACUGGCAGUGCUUCUUGUGGAGCUUCGAUAGGAGGGACUGGAGACCCCAUUUCUUCCUCACCGUCCCCCGAGGUGGCCAGCAGCUAACCGGGGAUUUCCAUGGCAAGGGCAACCAGAGCUACUGCAUGGUCUCGGACAACUCAAUCUGCUUGAACGCACGGAUGUUCAACCUGCCUCCAGAUAUCAACAUCCUCCAGCGAGCACCGAGCGAAGAGGACCCUUUUUUUGAGGGAACGUGGAUGGAUGCGAUUGGAGUUGUUUACUCCACACCAGAAGACGACAAUCAGCAAGCGCUGGAGAUCGUACUCAACCAAAGCAGGGCGCGGGCUGCUUCGAAAGAAUCACUCACAAUCGGUUUAAUUGCGAACAACACCAUGGUUCUGGUUCCGGUAGGCGUGUCCACGUGGACCAGUCCCGAUAAGACGCUCAACGUGACCUACCAAUCCGAGCUUCGAACCUCCGUGGCGAUUUUCGUCACAAAUCAGCUGAAGAUGGAUGUCUGGGUGGAGGUUGACAAGGAGAUUGUCUCGGAUCCCCCAAUCUACAGCCUCAGCUUUGACAUCCAGUCGAUUGCGACCACGCCAGAGGUCCAUGGGUUCGUCGGCCAAAUGUAUGCGCCGGGGGCCAUUGAGGAGCGCCUGCGGAUGGGCACUCUCAAAGGCUUGCUGCACCGCGAGUACGUCGAAGGCAUGGACGACGACUACGCCACGUCUAACCUGACGGCGACCGACUGCUUUUACACGCGCUUCAAAACGGCGGAGGCUGACGUCACGACGCGCACGCCCAUCGACGUCAUCUCCACGUCUCCGAGGCUAUCCCUCACCGGCCGGCGGCUCCUCGUGGCCACGCCACCGCAGUGCGAGUGUCUGUGCGGGGGCGCCACGUGCGGGGCCAGCCAGUCAUGCUGCAGCGACGCGUGCAGUGACGUCAUGAGUGACGCCCGUAACUGCGGCUCGUGCGGCCACGCAUGCGCUUCGGGAGAGUUGUGCUGCGGGGGCAGUUGCACCAACGUGGCGAGCCCCAGCAACUGCGGCUCGUGCGGCAACGUAUGCGCUCCCGGCGAGUCGUGUUGCGGGGGCGUGUGUAUCAACACAUUGUGA